AUAAUAUAGUACCUCGCCAUUAAAAAUUAUAAAGAGCCCAUCGUAAGGUUUUAGUAAUGUUUAUUUGCAAUCCAACUUGUUGAUAAUGUAAAGAAGAUCUAGAUGAAGGUAAACUACAAGAGGAAGAGAAAAGACGAAAGAGGAGAGCAGAGCAGAGCAGAGCGAGAGAGCAAAAAGAAAAGGAUCAGAAGAGAGAGACAUAUAUGAUGGCGCCCGAACUAGAAGAUGUAGAUUUUAACAAUGAGAAAAACCCUCCUCCUUUGGAUGUAGACGAUAUAGCACUCCUUAAAACCUAUGGUUUGGGACCUUACUCUUCUAGCAUAAAGAAGGUGGAGAAGGAAAUCAAGGAAAUAGCCAAGAAGGUUAACGACUUGUGUGGAAUAAAAGAGUCAGACACUUGGUUAGCUGCAUCUAGCCAAUGGGAUCUUGUUUCUGAUAAACAAAUGAUGCAGGAGGAGCAGCCUCUUCAAGUUGCAAGAUGCACAAAAAUAAUAAAUCAGAACUCUGAGGAUGCAAAGUAUGUGAUAAAUGUUAAACAAAUUGCCAAGUUUGUCUUUGGCUUGGGCAAUAAUGUUUCGCCAACGGAUAUAGAAGAAGGGAUGCGUGUCGGUGUUGAUUGAAAUAAA